AGGGCCAGGGCAGGGCUGGAGCCAGCCCUCAGCUCCAGUGCCACCCUGCCCGGCAGCAAGGAGCAGUGCCAGGACCUUGUUUUCCCGGCACCGCUGAUGGUGUAGGGGAAGCUGCGGGGCCGGCACGGCCAAGGACUUCAGCCUCAACCCUGUCAAUAAGUGACAGCCAGAGCUGCCAGGGCCUCACUGGGUUAAUGAUUGUGGGGGCAGCUGGCCAAGAGCCCCCAGGCAUGGGGCAAGCAUGGACACCGGCCUCCUGCCCACCGCAGCCUGGCACAGGGCUCUGUGGGUGCCACUGGCUGCACCCCCAGCCAGAAGGGUCCCCAGGCCCUGCAGGGGCAGGACAUGUCCCCAGCUGUGGCACCUCCCAGGCAUUCGCCUCCAUCAGUUUGUGAUUCGGCAGAGGCUCGGUGAUGCUCCAGCAGUGGCAGGGAUGUCCCCAGGCUGUCCUUGAGCACCCUGGAGUACCCGAGGGAUCUCCCCUUGCUCCUCCCAUACAGUCACAGCUGGCUUGUCUAUGGUGACGGGUCCUGGGAGUGCCUGACCCUGGAGGAACGGAGAUGUGGCAGCCGUGUUGCCCCUCCAUGCCCACUCCCCAUGGGCACCGGGGCUGGAGGGGCCUUUGGCCCCUGGCUCUCCCCUGGGCAGACGUGGAUGUGAGCUGGCCGGACGCCUUGUGGGUGGAUGGAAACUUGGCUGGAGGUGCGUAAACAGCGGGUAAUGAUAAAUGGCAUCACGGAGGUGGUGACGGCAAUGCUGGCAUCGCUCCGCUCCUGCCCACCCCGGCAUCGCGCAUGCUGGGAAGAUGCGGGCUCUGCCCCACGCAGCCCUCGCAGUGCUGCCGGCUGCUCUGUGCAGAGCUGCUGGCACGGGCUGAGCCAGGCUGUGUGCCACCAUCACCACCAGCAACAGGACACAGGGACCGCACUGGUGCUGAUGUAACCCACCACCAAUGCCCUGGCAGCAAGGAUGGCACGUGCUCUGGGCAGAGCCGGGUCCCUCAUGGCUGAUGCUCAGAUGGCUCCAAGGAUGGUGGAUGUGAAUGCAGCCUCACCUCUGGUUUGGGACACCCUGGCAGGACCAGCACUGAGCCCUUCUCCUCCUCCUCCUCCUUCUCCUCUUGUGCUGGGGAUGAAGAACCUGGCACCAAGUGAUGGAGAGCUGAGGCUGCUCCGGCAUCGCCCCUUGGGCACUGGGCUCCAGCACUGCCCCGGCUUUGCUCCCCACUGCACCAGGUGCCGCUCACCCAGGGGCAAUGCCAAGCCUCGGGCAGGCGAGGUGGUGUGUGCCAGCGGCACGGCACCCCGGGGCCGUGUGCCCCAUCCUGCCCCAGGGCUGCGGCUGACGCGGGAUGCCGUGGGGUUACCCAUUAACUGCAGGAAUUUCUGGGGAGGAGGUGAGCAGCAAGCGGAGGCGAGGGGCAACACGGGACUCCUUAGACUUUGCUCUUGGCGUGCAUAUAAAGGGCCGCGGUCCCCCGUGGGCCACUUCGCUGGAGGGACACGUGGAUGUGGCAUGGGGACAUGGUGCUGCCUUGAGAGCCCGGCCAGCCCCAGUCUCAGCAGGAGCGAUGCUGCCCUACCGGAGGGAGAGCCCAGCCCUGCCCCGCUGCCCGGUGCGGGGAGGAAGGGUGGUGCACGGGCCCCAGUUCGCCUACUGCCCUAGCCCCCAAGCUCUGCACCGGCUGCCGGGUGCCCACACCUGCCCCUUCACCGUCGGUGCGGUGCCUUGCCCUGACCAUGGCUUCCCCUGCCCCGGCUCCCCCGGGCGCCUGGGCGAGGGCAGGGAGCGGUACGAGCUGGAUACGCUGCCCUGGCAGGGGCCCCGGCUGGGCUUGGAUGAGCUGCAGAAGCCAGAGCUGGGGUGCUGGGCCAGAGUCCAGUCCAUCUGUGUCUCCCUUCUCAAGGUGCCCCUGAUGUUCGGGUUCCUGUACCUCUUCGUGUGCUCCCUGGACGUGCUCAGCUCUGCCUUCCAGCUGGCCGGAGGCAAGGUGGCUGGGGACAUCUUCAAGGACAACGCCAUCCUCUCUAACCCGGUGGCUGGGCUGGUGGUGGGCAUCCUGGUGACCGUGCUGGUGCAGAGCUCCUCCACCUCCACCUCCAUCAUCGUCAGCAUGGUCUCCUCGGGGCUGCUGGAGGUGCGUUCUGCCAUCCCCAUCAUCAUGGGCUCCAACAUCGGCACCUCCGUCACCAACACCAUUGUGGCCCUCAUGCAGGCUGGUGACCGCAGUGAGUUCAAACGGGCCUUUGCCGGCGCCACAGUGCAUGACUGCUUCAACUGGCUGUCGGUGCUGGUCCUGCUGCCGCUGGAGGUGGUGAGCGGGUACCUGCACCACGUCACCCGCCUGGUCGUGGCCACCUUCAACAUCCGCAGUGGGAAGGAUGCCCCCGACCUGCUGAAGAUCAUCACAGAGCCCUUCACCAAGCUCAUCAUCCAGCUGGACAAGUCGGUGAUCACGGGCAUUGCAAUGGGGGACGAGAGCCUGCGCAAUCGGAGCCUCAUCCGUGUCUGGUGUGGCCCCACACCGCCACAGACAGCUGCUGUGGAGAUUGGGCCCCCCCCGAACUGCACGGCCCCCGGCCACUGCAGCACUAAGGUCAUAGAGAGCCUCCACAACAUCACCAGGCAGAAGUGCGAGCACCUCUUCACUGACACACCGCUGCCUGACCUGGCUGUGGGGCUGGUGCUGCUGGCUGGGUCCCUCAUCGUGCUCUGCACCUGCCUCAUCCUCCUGGUCAAACUUCUCAACUCCCUGCUCAAGGGGCAGGUGGCCAAAGCCAUCCAGAAAGUCAUCAACACUGACCUUCCGCACCCGCUCAGCUGGCUCACUGGGUACUUCGCCAUGGUGGUGGGUGCUGGGAUGACCUUCGUGGUGCAGAGCAGCUCUGUCUUCACCUCAGCCAUCACACCCCUGAUCGGCCUGGGAGUGAUCAGCAUCGAGCGCGCCUACCCGCUGACCCUGGGCUCCAACAUCGGCACUACCACCACCGCUAUCCUGGCUGCCCUGGCCAGCCCAGGGGACAAGCUGGCCAGCUCCUUCCAGAUCGCCCUCUGCCACUUCUUCUUCAAUAUCUCCGGGAUCCUGCUGUGGUACCCACUGCCUUUCACCCGCCUGCCCAUCCGCAUGGCCAAGGCACUGGGCGAGCGCACGGCCAAGUACCGCUGGUUUGCCGUGCUGUACCUCAUCGUCUGCUUCCUCCUGCUGCCCUCCCUCAUCUUCGGCAUCUCCAUGGCGGGCUGGCGGGCGCUGGUGGGGGUGGGCGCACCCUUCCUCGGCCUCCUCUUCUUCGUGGGGCUGGUGAACGCGCUGCAGGUACGCAGCCCCGGCCGCCUGCCCAAAUGGCUGCAGACCUGGGACUUCCUCCCCGCCUGGAUGCACUCGCUGCAGCCCCUAGACCGGCUCAUCACUCGGGCCACCCUCUGCUGCACCGACCGCUGCCGCAGCCCUGAGGGCUGGGAGGAGCGCGAGGGCCCUCGUCCUGACAAGGCCAGGCUGGGGCUGGACAACCCCGCGCUCUCCUACCCUGAGGAGGUGCCCAGCCCCGCUGUCCGGGUGGGCUCCCCUCGCCCGACCCUGCACGGUGCCACCCGGCUCUAGCUGGCACCGGACGCCCGGGCCACCGCUCCCAUGGCCACCCAGUUUCCGCCGUCCCCGCUCAGCCGGUGUCUAAUAAAUGCCGAGCGCCUGCG